CCGUCACAUGACGGUCAGGACCGCGCGAGUCCAACUCACCGGAUUCACACACUUUAUGACCAUCACCCAAAACACACACACACACACACACACACACCUCUGCACUUGUGGCUGGAUCGUGUGAUUUUCCUGAAAAUUUAAAGAAAAAUAAAGAGCAGUGUGUUUGGUGUUCCCGUGUGUGUGUGUGUGUGUGUGUGUGUGUGUGUGUGUGUGUGUGUAAAAGUGAGGGAAGGAAUCCGGUGAGGAGGUCACGAGCGCAGGAUUUCCUGCAGGAGGAGAAGAAGAGGAGUUCUGGAUAAAAAACGAGGAAGAUGGCUGAACUGGAGAAAGGAGAGAAAAACGGGGAGACAGAAGGAGAUCAGGGACACACACAAAACCCCGACACCGGAGAACACAAAUUAAACCUGGCUGCGGUGUACGUAUCGGACGCUCAGCACAACCGGAACAUUUACUUUGACACCACACCACAAGCAGUAAGGCUGUACCUGUUGUAUAAUCACUGGCUGCUGCGUGUGUGUGUGUACAUCUUCAUCAUGAUGGAUUUGGCACUUGCAGUAUUUGAAGAGCCUGCACUCAUCCCUCUGCCCCUGUGGAUCACCUCAGUAGCUGAGCUCCUCUGUCUCAUUGUAUUUUCUGCACGAUUGGUUCAUUACGCCAAAGUUAUUCCUCGACGUGUUUUCAUCAGAGAUCCCAAAAACAUCUGCAUCAUUGUCACCAUCACGGUGUGUGCAGUAGAUCUGGGUGUGUAUGGUGUUCUAAGGUUGUGUGGUCACUCAGCUGUGAGAUGGUCUAGAGUGUUGAGGCCACUCCUGCUCAUUAACAUCACAGAGGGACGACAGUUGCGCAGGGCGUUCAGGAGUAUUCGUAAUGCAGUCCCUCAGAUCCUGGUGGUGUUUUUCUUCUUCAUUUUCAGUGUGUUGAUGUUUUCACUCAUGGCUCUGAAACUGCUGGGCAAACGGAAUCUGAAAACGAUCGACGGCGCUCCCUAUUUUACAGAUUACCUGGAGAUUGUGUUUGAUCUUUAUGUUUUAGUCACAACAGCCAACAGCCCCGAUGUCAUGAUGCCGGCGUACAACUACAGCUCGUUCUUCGCCAUUUUCUUCAUCCUAUACAUCGUAAUUAACACCUACACCUUCAUGUCUGUCUUCCUGGCUGUGGUCUACAACAACUACAGGAAAUAUCUGAAGGAGGAGGUCCGGCAGCUGGUGAAGGCCAAAAGGCGUAAAUUGUGUUUCGCCUUUUCCCUGCUGCAGGAAGUGGGCGUGGCCGGGGAGAAGCCAACUGUCACUCAAACACGCUGGAACCAAUUAGUUCGUCUCGUCCAACCUGGUAUCAGCAACGCACACAGAGAACUGCUGUGGAGUGUGUGUGACCCUCAGAACACCGGGCAUGUCGAGAAGUUGGUGUUUGUGCAGUUGGCUGAUUUGUUGAAUAUUCAAGUAAUCACACUGAAGUCUCGCACACACCCACUGGAGCAAUGGAUACCUUACGUUUACCUCUCCACCUUCAGCACACUGAUCCACAGAGUGGUCCAGCACAGGGUGUUUGUGUAUGUGUAUGAUGUGAUCAUCCUGAUUAAUGCAGUGUUUAUUGGGUUGGAUGAGGAGAACCCGGCCGUGUCGAUGGCGGAGUGGGUGUUCCUCACACUUUAUAUCCUGGAGAUCCUGCUCAAGCUCUACACCUUUGAGCCCCGUACCUUCUUCGCCAAACACCAGUUCUGGAACUGGUUUGAUACAAUCAUCAUUGUCUCUGCUCUGCUGGCGACCAUCAUCAACACGGCCUUGAAAUCCUCUGGAGGUUAUACAAGCCGUCAAAUACUUGACAUCGUCUUCAUCCUCAGAGUGCUCAGACUCAUCCGUGUUGUGGACACCAUCCCCAGGUUCCGUGCGAUCAUUAACACUCUGAUUAAGAUCGGUGCUCCCAUGCUGACAUUCGGACAGCUCAUUCUGGUGGUGUAUUAUAUCUUUGCGAUGGUGGGGAUGGAGCUGUUUAAAGGGAAGGUUCACUAUUUUGAUGAUGGCUCUGAAAAUCCUGCUCAUCAGUUCUGUGGGAACGUCCUGCUGAAUGGCUCUGACUUCGUUCGCAACAACUACUGCAAAAACAACUUCAACGAUGUGGUGUCCUCCUUUAUUCUUCUUCUGGAGCUCACUGUUGUGAACCAGUGGCAUGUCCUCACUGAAGGCUUCACCGCCGUUACUCAUGUUUCAGCACGGAUAUUCUUCAUCCUUUUCCACAUUGUGGUAGUCAUCAUCAUCAUCAAUAUCUUUGUGGCGUUCAUCCUGGAGGCGUUCUUCAUCGAGUACAUGGUGGAGAAGAGUAAACUGCAGACAGCUCUGGAGAAGAAGAUUGAGGAACUCAGUCUGAACCAUGUGGACAAUAACCUGGUGGACGUGAUGGAAACCCAGGACAACAGUCUCGGCCCUGCUGAAGGAGUCAAAGCCAAACCCACUAUCAUGUUCAAGAUCAGCUCCACAAGGUACAGGACCAUGGAUGGCCUCCUACAGCGCAUGUUUGAGACAGAGAUGAACCUCAGUGGUGAUGAUGUUGAAGAGGAGGAAAUGGAGAGCAGGAGCUUCUCAAACCCGGGUUUCAGUUUGCCAUAAGGGAACACUGACUCACUCUGGGAGCAUUAAUCACACAAUUGCGGUGAAUCCAUCAUCCUGUAGGUGGCGCUGUGUUGGUGUUAGAGGGAGACUGUACUGAGGACCUGGGAGACUGGACCUGCUGCUGUUCAGGAGCAGUAAAACAGUACUGAUCUUGUCUAUAAGAAGGGAUUAAACAGAUACUUUGCUUGUAUUUCUAUAUCAUUUAUAUUACAAUAAAAAGAAUGUUGACUAUA